CUCACUUGGCCGGCUUCCUUACACUUUUCAUUCUCUCUCUCUUCCAUUAUUUUCUUUCACCAAAACCUCUCUCUUUUGGUUUAAUCUGCUCAUACUUUUGUGUGAGUGUUUUCAUCGUGGUUUUAUUAACUUUUCGUUACUUUCCAAGUAGCCUCUCUCUCUGUUCUACUCCUAGGUAGAGAAAUAUGACACGUCCCAACAAGGAAGGUUUCAGGAAAUUUCUCACAAGUCGGUCUUCCACUUUUUUUUAGGUAGAGAAAUAUGACACCACCAGCAGUAGAAGUAGUUGAUUGUCCAUCUCUCUCCUAUUUAUUUCCAUUCCUACCUCUCUUUCAACUUCCUCUCUUCCUACAACUUUGCAUUCAGAAUUUUGAGUGAGUUUUCUACUUAUUUUCUUGUCAUUUCUCACUUCUCUCUGCCUCUGUGUAAGUUUGUGUUGACUCAGUACUUUGUUUUUGUGGUAUUUGCUUUGAGUCCUUAAUCUCUUUUUCUUUGUUGAUUUUUGUUUUACUUGGUAGUUUUUGUUUCUCUUUUUUGUUUGCAGAACCCAUUUUCCACUGGUAACUGAAUCUGAUUCAACAAUCAAAUCGAAUUGUCAAAUAUGUGUUAGUACUGAAUUACAUACCUGACCACGUUACUGUUCGGAGUACUCGAUUUAUAGCAACUGUUUUUUUUCUUUUCCCGAUGGCAUUGAGCACCCAAAGAGCCUCUGCAUCUUUUGUUUCGAAUGAAUCCGCUCCUCGAUGGAAGUAUGAUGUGUUUUUGAGUUUUAGGGGUGUAGACACCCGCAAGGGUUUUGUAUCUCAUUUAUACCAUGAAUUGUGCAAGUGCCAAGGAAUUACGACUUUCUUUGACGAUCGAGAGCUUGAAGGAGGAACAAGUAUUCAUCUUGAGCUCCCGAGUGCGAUCAAGGAAUCGCAUAUUGCAAUCGUUGUUCUCUCACCAAACUACGCUUCUUCGAAAUGGUGCUUGAAUGAACUUACAACCAUUCUUCAAUGCAUGGAAGCCAGGAACACAGUUCUGCCAGUCUUUUAUGAGACAGAUCCAUCUGACGUUGGAAAUCAGAGGGGGUCUUUUGCCAAAGCCUUCGAUGAGCAUGAAGAAAAGUUCAUUAGUACGGAAGACAAGAUGAAGGUGACCCAGUGGAGAGAAGCUCUGAAAAAAGUAUCCAAAAUUUCUGGGUGGCAUUCGAAGGAAUCUAAGUGUGAAAGAGAGCUUAUUGAAAAAAUCGUCCAAAGCGUGUGGAGGAUAGUGCAAGCUACAUUCACGUUGUUAGAUUCUUCACAGACAUUUGUUGGGGUUAAUUUUAGGCUUGAGCAACUAAGUUCGCUAUUAGCUCAUGAUGCGAAUGAUGUUCGCUUUAUAGGGAUAACGGGGAUGGGUGGCAUAGGUAAGACAACCCUUGCUAAGCUAGUUUAUGAUAAAAUCUUCCAUCAUUUUGAAGUUCAUUCCUUCCUAGGAAACAUUAGAGAGGUUUCUAAAAAAGACCGUACUCUAAUUGGUCUUCAAGAAAGACUUCUUUCUCCGAUGUUGAAGGAAAAUGUUAAAGAAAUUUGGGAUGAAGAGUGCGGAAUCAUUUUCAUUAAGAAGUGCUUACGCAAUAAAAAGGUUCUUCUCGUACUUGAUGAUGUGGAUGAUUUAAAACAACUAGAAGUACUGGCCGGAAAUCAAAGUUGGUUUGGUAUGGGAAGUAGAAUUGUGAUUACGACUAGAAAUGAAGGGUUGCUAGUCCAACAUGGUAUAGCAGCAUCAUAUAAGAUGCGGGGGUUGAAUGACUGCGAAGCACUUGAGCUCUUUAGUCUGAAUGCCUUUAGGAAAGAACAACCUGAGAAAGACUUUUUGGAACUCUCAGAGCAUUUCCUAAAAUAUGCUAGAGGCCUUCCACUAGUUCUUAAAACAUUAGGGUCUUUUUUGCAUACGAGAGGUCAGGAUGCAUGGAAGAGUGUGUUGGAUAAUAUUCAUACAGUUCCUAAUCCAACAAUUUUCAAUACACUCAAAAUCAGUUAUGACGGACUAGAGGAUAUGGAGAAGAGAGUUUUUCUCGAUGUUGCAUGUUUCCACAAAGGGAAGUGCAUGAAGCAAGUUAUUCCAAUACUAGACAAUUCUUUUGAAGUUUCUAGUAGUAUUAUGAUCGAUCUACUAAUUGAGAAAUCUCUCUUAACUGUUGCAAAACGCAUCCAAUAUGAUAAUUCAGCCAAGUACUUCAUAGGGAUGCAUGAUUUGAUACAAGAAAUGGCAUGGACAAUUGUUGGUCAAGAGUCUAAAGAGCCCGGUCUACGGAGUAGGUUGUGGCUUCCCGAUGACAUUUUGCAUAUAUUCACGACCAAUACGGGAACGAGAGCUAUUGAAGGUAUAGGAUUACAGCUACCUGAAAUAGAAAAGGUGCACUGGAGUUGUGAAGCCUUCUCUAAUAUGCAUGGAUUGAGGUUUCUAGAAUUGGACAAUUUGAUCAUUUCUUCAAGUCCCAAGUUUCUUCCAUGUUCUUUGAGAAUUAUAAUUUGGAGUUGGUAUCCUUCCAAGUCUCUUCCACCAAGCUUUCACCCUCGUUUCCUUACCGAACUAAGAAUGCAUCAUAGCAAACUUGUUCGUUUAUGGGAUGGAAAAGAGAACUUUCCCAAGUUGAAAUGUAUUGAUAUGAGCUUCUCAAAUAAAUUGAUCGGCACCCCAGAUUUCACUGGUCUUCAAAAUCUUGAGGAGUUGAUUCUUCUGUGGUGUAAGAAUUUAGUUGAGAUUCACUCGUCUAUUGCAGUUCUUAAAAAACUUAAAGUUUUGAAUCUUUGUGGCUGUGAAAGUAUUAAGAGCCUCCCAAGUAAGGUAGAAAUGGAUUCUCUUGAGUCUUUAAUUCUUACCGGAUGCUCCAAAGUGAAAAAGUUCCCAGAAUUUUCGAACCAGCAGAUGAAAAGUUUGUCCACACUUUUUUUAGAUGCUACUGCGAUUGAGAAAUUACCUUCAUCGAUUGAACAUCUGGUUGGCCUGACUAAACUGAGUAUCAAUAGGUGCACAAAAGAGCUGGUGUUGUCUUCUUUAUAUCAUUUGCGUUGUUUGGAGGUGUUAGAACUAUCUUAUUGUGAUCUUGGUGAAGGUGAUAUCUCCGAUGAUAUUGGUUGCUUGUCCUCUUUAAAAGAGUUAGAUCUUAGUGGAAACAAUUUUGUUACCCUUCCAGCAAGCAUCAAAUACCUUUCCCGACUUGAGUAUCUUCUGUUGAUGGGGUGCCAAAGACUUGAGCAACUACCAGAUCUUCCGCCAAAUAGGAAAUUACACGUAUAUUUGUUUGAUUGUACUUCAUUGAAAAGGUUGUCGGAUCCAUCCAAUUUGUAUGAUUUUGAUUUCUGUCCUUUGAAUUGCAUUACAUUGGUGGAACAUGAAAACUGGAUCAAAGCAAUAUAUUCAAGGAUCAUGAAAUACACAACUGAGAAAAUCUAUAGUUUUUACAAUAAAAUUGUGUGCCCCGGAAAGGAGAUUCCCGAGUGGUUCAACAAUCAAACUUCGGGACAUGCGCUAGAUGUGGAGCUACCUCCGCAAUCGUGUAGCAGCUGGAUGGGGAUUGCUUUUUGUGUUGUUUUUGCACAACCUAAGGAGAUCUUGCGUCUUCUUCAAAAACAAAAGGAGAACUGGCCAAAUCUAGCUGGCAUUAAAGGGGAUGGAUUCAUGAUUCGGUGUUUACUUCGGACCAACCGUAAACAGAGUGCACGGAGUUCACGGUGCUUUACAAUGUGCUUUAAAUGGCCUCUUGUGUCUGAACACCUUUGGAUAUUCUAUUUGCCUCGCAAAAAAUGCCUUCAAGAACAGUUUCUAUUUGAAACUUAUUAUAGGCUCGGAAUGAAUAAACCCAAAGUAGGCUUGAAUACGGUGAAGAAGUGUGGAGCUCGUUUGGUGUACAAGCAAGAUUUGAAAGAACUCAAACGAACACUGAAAAUCUUGAAGUGAACAUAUGAAUAUUGUAAAGAGGCAGCUUCAAGUCAAAGUCGUAGUUUUGACGAUGAAGAACAUACCCGCAGAAGGCAUAAGGAAGACAAAUAAUUGUUUCAUGCUCAAUGUCUCAGAGUUUACUCAGAAUCCAUGUUAGUAAGUCACAGCAUAACCUACAUAAAUUUGAGUAUUACUUUUUUACUCUUGAGCUAUAGAAUUUUAACUAGCGACGGUGCCCGCGCAAUGUUGUGGGUAUUAAAACUGUAUAAAACAUGUUGAAAGUUCUAAAUAACAUCGAUAUGCAACAGUAUUUACAUUCAUGUGGAAAUCUAUUUACAACCAUAUUUACAAUAACUAACAUAUAGGUGUCCAAGUGUCCAUAUCACAGUCAUUAGUUUAUGGUGCGAAGUUUACAGAUUCCUAUGGGUUGGAGAUGAAGAGUUUGACGAACUCACUCUAAACUCCAAUCAAUUACACUUUUGACCUCAACUCUCCAUUUAUAACUCAACCUUUCACAGAAACCCAAUAACUAUCUACUCCUGCAUGACCA